GUCGUUCAGCUACCUCACGCAGCCCACAUCCUCAACACUUCUGUUCACCCCCCCACCCAACACUAGUCCUUCACGAUGUUCGCUCGCGUCGCUGUCGCCUCUGUCCUCGCCCUCCCACUCCUUGCGGCCGCCCAGAGCUGCAACACCGGUCCCAUCCAGUGCUGCAACAGCGUUGAGAAGUCUGACUCUGCUGCGGGCUCCGCUAUCCUCUCCCUCCUCGGGGUCGUCCUCGGCGACAUCACCGGGAGCAUCGGUCUCGGCUGCUCGCCGCUCUCCGUCGUCGGCCUCGGCCAGAGCUCCUGCUCCGCCAGCCCCGUCUGCUGCCAGAACAACAACGUCGGUGGCCUGAUCUCCAUCGGCUGCCUUCCCAUCGAGCUCUAAGCUCUUCGCGAAGGACGCGUCGGUCUCUGAUGAGAGGGAUGGUUAGCGUAAUUCUUGGUUAAUCGUUUGGGAUAAUACAUCGUUGUUUGCCCGC